AUGGCUCUGCUAGCUGAACUCUCCAGCAUCACAGCCUCUCCAGCUCCGGCUCAGGAGAAGCUCCCCAGUGUCUCUGUCAGCGGACGCGCCCCCCCCUGUAACAGUACCCCACGUAGCCCAGACGUACGCCGACGUGUGAUGACAGGUUUCAUUGAGGCCAAUCUCCAAGACUCCCCUGUGUGCGACCCCCCCACCCCUGUGUAUCAGCAGUCUGAGAGCUUCACCACACCAAGAGACACCUCACCUCCACCUUUCAAGGUAGACUCUGACAGCAGUCUCCAGGGCUUCUUCACCACAUGCCAGGAGGAAGAGGUGUCAGAGACUGCCUCUACUGUGGAAGGAGAGGGAAAGGUAGAACAGGAGGAGGAAGGAGGAAGUAAUGAUGAAGAAGGUAGUGAGGAGGAAGAGCAUGACUGUUGUGACGCACAGAGAGCUGUGGGGUCAGAAGUGGAAGAGGAUGAGGAGGAGGAUGAAGAAGACAUUGAUGACAGGAAGGAAAAUGCAGGCAAUGUUGAAGAAGGAGGAGACAACGUGUUGAUGAAGAUCCGUGAGCUGGCUGCUGACCCAGUGGCUGCCCAUCAGACAGAGCUCAGGGUGUCUCCAGGCUCACAGAGUCCCAGCGUCUUUGAUGACACCAACAGAGCCCAUUCAACACUAGAUGACGUGCUGCAGGGCUAUUUAGAGGAGGGCCCCACAAAUAGCCCAGUUGCAAGUAAAAGUGUCACCAAAUUGAUUCAGCUGUUUGAAGGACAGGCUGAGGAUGAUGAUGAUGAGGAUGAAUGAGAACCAGUAGGAGACCAUUCACACAUUCACAGCUCAACAACCUGAAGAAUGUCC